UAUCAUCAGAGCCAGAGGGGAUGAUGCAAGUGCCAGGUGUCUGAACAUAUCGCUCUUGUCUAUCAUCUUAUACUUUAUUUAUGUUAUUUAUGUUAUAUGUUAGGGUUCAAGUUCAACAGAAGAGUGGGUUUCAAUUUCCUUUCAAAAUCCAUAAUACUUGACAUUCAAUUCAUUCAUUAUCGUAUUCAACACUUUUGCAUCUCCUUCUCCCUCCUCCACACGCUCUCAACAGCGUCCUAUUCAUUGAGUGGAUUGGAUAAAGUUUAAAGGCUUAAUAUGGCCUUUGUAGCACAUCAACCACAGCGUAGGGCCUCCUUGCUUUUGUGUAUCCAAGAUCAAACCUUUGAGGAUUUCAGGGUUCAAAGGCAUAGCUCAUAAUGAUGAUUCAAGAACCAGAGCUAGUUGGUUGAAGGCACCUAAAACAUCUGUUGGACUAGAGGAUAGCGGGGAAACUCACAAUGUUUCGUUCUCUUAUGCAUCUGAAGCAGGCAAUAACCUUGAAACAUCAUCUGCUUUUCACGGACUCUUCAAAAAAUGGUUGAAAAUGUUGCGCACGCAAUCAUCAUGUCAAGAAGUAGAGGGAUUUUUUGGAAAACUGACUCCCACAGUUUCACCUGAAAUUCUACCAAUGUCUCGUGGCAAGGAAACAAGUGAGGUUUUGAAGGUGGCAUGGUCCUAUUUUCUGGCCCUGGAUGCAACAAUAAAGAUUCCUUUGUUGAUAUUCGUUCCUCUCUACCUGGCUGUUAACCUAAAAUAUGGUGCUGAAGUUUCAAAGGAAUUAACUCCUUUAUGGGUUUUCGGGCCGCUAAUUUUGGCUAUACACAUCAUGAUCAUCCGUGGUCUGUAUGCACUAUAUGCCUUAAGCUUCAAUCGGACUGUCAAAAUACUUAGGGAAGUACCUUCUUGGUGCAUUUUGGUCAACAACUACAUUUUUGGCGGCGUACUCAAAGAACAUAUUGCAGUUUAUCUUUUGCGGCCUAUAUUGAACUUAAAAGAUAUUGAUUAUAUACAGCUAACAAGAGGAAUAUUGAAAGUAUUGCAAGAAUGGUUAGGGGACAAGUAUCUUGAUUUUGUGGAAUCAAUAUGGCCAUAUUAUUGUCGUGCUAUCAGACUUUUGAAGACAUCUAAUCUUAUUUAAGUUUUGAUGUAUUCUUAAAGGUAGUUAAAGGAGGGUUGAUUGGAGGUGAUAUUCUAUAGCAUAGAAAUUUUCCAACGAGGUCUGGCCAACCCCAUUUUAUGCCUGGGGGGGUUUUGAGCAAAUUAAUGAUUAUUAAUGAGGAAAUAAGUUCCUAAUUCAUGUUAUCUUUAAUUUAUUUUAUUCUUAGAUUAGGUUUGAAUUGAUUUUUGUCAUUGAAUGGCUGCUUAUGUUUCAAGGUUCUAUUGGUUCCAUUCGUCAUUCCGUGUCCCCAGUUCUCCCAGGUCUCUCUGCUUACAUGAUGAACUUUGUACCAUCUAUCAUCAUUUGUUUAACCUGGGAAAAGUACUCAUGAACCAACCGCUUUCUGGUUGAGGUGGCAAUGAGCAAGAUAGGCUUAUGUAUGGUUCAUACAUUACACUGUAAACUAUUACAACAGAUCAAAGAUGAUUUCUAUCUGAAUGCUUUGUAUAUUGUGGGGGCUUUAUUUGUCUCAUUGGUUGUAAGUUGUAACAUUUGUCAGCCAGAAUCCACAGAAGAGUACAUUGCUUGGAGAAUAACUCCAUAUCGAUGAAACGAUACACUUUGUUCCUCCCAUUACUCCUAAACAUUGUGUGUGUGUGUGUGUUUUAAUAAUUGAAGAUAUUUGUUGAGUGUCA